AUGGUGAAAGACACGGAAUAUUACGAUUUACUCAGUGUCAAGCCUGAGGCUACAGAUUUAGAGCUUAAGAAGGCUUACAGGAAGGCUGCAAUCCAAUGGCACCCAGACAAGAACCAAUCCCCUGGCGCUGAAGAGAAAUUCCAGAAGAUCGGUGAGGCUUACUCUAUCCUAAAAGACCCACACGAGAGAGCCUGGUACGAUAAGAAUGGCAAGAAGGAAUCAGGUGCUGCUAAUGCAGACAGCUUAGAUCCUGAAGCUCUUUUCGGUCAGAUGUUUGGUGGCGAGGCAUUCAAAGACUACAUUGGUGACUUCUCCCUCGUCAAAGAUCUCGCUGGUCGCGCUGAGGUGACAAUGACAGAAGAAGAGAAGGCAUCACUAAGAGCAGAAGAGGAAGCCGAGCUUCGCGGAAGUGUCGGUGCUCAUAACAAAGAUGGUUCCAAACCAUCUGCUCCACCCGCUCCUCAGCAACAAUCUAUCGGUGAAGGUGCACAUGCCGAUAUUUUAGCUCCACCUCAUCCAGAUGCUUCUGAAGAAGAGAAGGCGAAGCACCAGAAGAUUGCAGACGAGCACAAGAAGCUCACAGAUGAACAAAAGGUCAAGUUGAAGGAACACGAGGCACAAACUGAAAAAGAGAAGGAAGAGAGAGUGAAAUACCUUACAGAGUGCAUGAAAGACAGACUGAGAGUAUUCGUUGAAGCUCGCAAUCCUGGAUCUGAGAAUGAUCCUGAAACCAAGAGAUUCCAAGAUGGUAUUAAGAGGGAAGCCGAGGACUUAAAGUUAGAGUCUUUCGGUAUCGAGCUCCUGCAUACCAUUGGUGGCGUUUAUUUGACCAAAGGUCAAAACCACAUCAAGAGUCGCAAGGGCUUCUUAGGAUUGAGUGGCUUCUUUGGUCGCGUUAAGGAAAAGGGCUCCAUUCUAAAGGAAGGUUGGGGACUGCUUGGUAGUGCUCAUGGCGCACAAGUAGCUAUCGAAGAAAUGAACAAGCGUCAAGAAUCUGGUGAGGUGCCAGAAAAUGAAGCCGAAGCUCUCGGUAUGGAUGUUACUGCCAAGAUUCUGCUCAUUUCCUGGCGAGUUGCUCGUUUUGAAGCCAACGGGGUUCUUCGUGAGGUGAGCGAGCGAGUCUUGAAUGAUCCUCAAAUUUCAGAAAAUACUUCUCUUCUUCGAGCAAAGGGUAUGAUCAUUAUAGGAGCAAUCUUCAAGGGUGUCAAGCCUGAUGAAAGCGACGAAGAGCGUCGCGAGCUAGAGAGGCUGGUCGCUGAAGCUGGCAAGAAGAAAGGAAAGAAAGACAAAGCUGACAAGGCCGAAAAUAAGGUUGAAAAGGCCUGA